AUGAAGCUGAACCUGGUGCAGAUCUUUUUCAUGCUGCUGCUGCUGCUGCUGGGCCUGGGUCUGGGUCUGGGUCUGGGUCUUCACAUGGCUGCAGCAGUCCUGGAGGAGAGUGAUCAGCCACUGAAUGAAUUUUGGUCCAGUGACUCACAAGACAAAGCUGAGGCCACUGUACAGGGACAGGGCAGCCGAACCACAGAAGCCCUGGUGCUUAGCAACAGAGGAGUGGUGCAACCUGGCUGGCCAGAAGAGACUGUCCCCAGUGAAGAUGAGGUUGGAGGAAGCAAGAUGCUAAGAGCUGAGGCUCUCUUUCCGAGCAGCAAAGACUACCUUAGGAUUGAAAUGACGGGCAGGGAAUGCAAUACCAUGAUGGCACACAAGAUGAAGAAGCACAAUGUCAGUUGCACACCCCACUACACAUUCAUCCAUGAGGAUCUGGAAACGGUCCAAGCUGUUUGUAACAGUCCCGUUGUUGCCUGUGAGCUCAAGGGGGGCAAAUGCCACAAAAGCCCCCGUCCUUUUGAUUUGACAUUCUGCAAGUUGUCCAAACCAGGCCAAGUCACUCCCAACUGCAAUUACCUAACCUUUAUUGUGGAAAAGUUCAUUGCUAUAACCUGCAAUGACAUGAAGUUCCAGUUAACACCUGGACAAUGA